AUGCCCGCCCCAGCAGACCUCGUCCUGCGGGACGCCACCGCCGCCGACCUCGACGCCAUCACGCGCAUCGUCGCGUCCAGCCCCGACGAUGCCGCCGACUGGACAUACCCGGAACUACGGCAGCAGGCGGACGUCUUGCGUCCGCUACACGCGCGCGCGUUUGCCGGACUCUUCAGGUCCCGACAGAACCUGCUGCGCGUGGCGGAGCGCGGCGGCCGAGUGGUGGGCUACAGCGCGUGGGUGCGGCGGGAAAGGGUGGACGGCGAGGUCGUCGCUGUUGACGUGAAAGAAGCGUGCGACGAGAACGCCCUCACAGCAGAAAGCGCCCGUCUCAUCGGCGACGCGCCCCUCCCCAAGUUCGCCGCCCUCGCCAUCUCCAUCCCCUCGCGCGCCGCCGCCAUAGCCCGUCUGCGGAGCGCGCAGGCGCCCGAGCCGUGCCUCUCCGUGCCGGGCGAGCAGCUCCUCGUGCUCGGCGUCGACCAAGGCCAGCAGGGCCGGGGCAUCGGCGGGGCGCUCAUCCAGGAAGGCCUGUCUCGCGCGGCGGCGGCCGCCUGUCCGGUGUUUGUGACGGGCGAGGGCCGCGGCAUGCGCGUGUACCGCCACCUGGGGUUCCAGGUGCUCGAGGGGACGUGCCGCUGCUUCGACAGGGACGGCAACGAGGCGGGGGGGGACGACGAGGGCGGGCUGCGGGCGGCGCAGAUGGUUUGGGUGCCCGACGGACAGAGCGUGACUGUACACGGCGUGCUGUAUAGAGGUUACGGCUUGCCGUAG